AUGGCGUCUUCUCCCCAAACCGCUCCUUCUUCACCGCCUCUGGUUAGGCUCCCUUUUUUGAAGGACAGUGAAAGUCCUCAAAAUGAGUGGGAAAAAUGCAAAACGAACCUCGAGAAAUGGAAAGAGGGUAGUUUAGUCGAGACAUCUCCGUUACAGAAUCUUCAAGACUGCCAGAAACGGAUGGUGGCCAAAUUAAUAUGGCGUACUAACCUCCUUGAAGACACUCUACCCGGGGGUGUGAAGGAAGAAGAGACCAUCAGCAUACUAGAAAAAGUUUAUAAGAAUGACGAAAAAGAGGAGAAUAACAGAUAUAGUGGCAGUGCCAUCGACCAAUUGGUGAAUCAUAUCAAGGCAUUGGAGUUUCUUCUUUCUCAUAUCAAAUCAGACCUCACGGAAGAAAUAAUAUUGAAGACACACGAGAUUAUGAUGAAAGGUCUUACUACUGAAGAAGGAUCCCCGAUACAUAAUGGAAAAUAUCGGCAAUAUUCAGUUUGUGCAGGUUUUCACACUUUCCCCUCGUACACUUGCAUACCAAAUGCAAUGGGUGACAUAUUGAAGACAUACAACGACCGGAUGUCAAUGAAAGAUCAUGAUCCAAUUGUUCUAGCUACGUGGGUAUAUUAUCAUGUUGUUUCCCUUCAUCCUUUUGAAGACGGUAAUGGAAGAAUGAGUCGAUUAUUGUGGUGCUAUUCUCUUAUGAAGGAUGGAUUACCGUUUCCUCCUUUAUUGACAUCAGGUCACAAGAAGUCACAAAAGCAUCUCGUCUCUUGUUUAAAGAAAGAUCGUGACCUGUUCUAUUCUAAUCAACCGUACACAACUACAUUGAGUGUUAUUAGCCUCUCUUUAGGUUGGUCUGACUUUUUAGAUACUUUAAAAUCACUUCUGAGUUAA